CCCUGAGUAACUUCAAUAUGAAUUUGAUAAUGGAUAAUAUUUUGGAUUUGAAGUCUAUUUUUACUUUUUCUAUAAUAGGCGGAUGUUCUCUUUUAAGUCUAAUCUUGGCGUUUAAUAAUGUCAUUUGAAAAAGAAAAUACAACAUUCAUCCUGGAAUAUAUGUAUAAUUUGAAAAGAAUCGAUUAUUCUAAACCUCACUAGUAAUAUUGUCGGCCUAAAGUAAGAAAAUUGCGAAUUAUUUAUUGGAAAAAUACCAAUAAAAUUUUAUACUUUACGGUUUACAACAGCAUACAGAAAACUGAGAAUAGGGCUGAUAAAAGCAAGGAUUUUGAAAUAUAAAAAUGACUCCAUAUAUUUCCGUGUUAUUUUCACAAAACCAUGUGCCAUUGAUAAGAAUCAUCAGGAAGUCAAAUAUUCGAAUUUUAAUAAGUCACUUACAUAAAGCAUAUAUGAAUAUGGUAACUGUCUUUAAAUAAAAGAAAUUUGAGUACCCAUUUUUUUUUUUUAAAUUGAUAUCUAUAACUAUAAAUUAUUGUAAAAUUGACAUUGAUUUUGAACAUUGUGAUCGAUUGUAUGAAAAUAAGCAGCAGUAUUCAGUGUAGCUGAGUUAAUUUGGUUAUAUUUAUAUGUAACAAUAUGUUUGUUACAUAUAGUAGUUAGAUUUAAUUUAGUUGCAUACAAUACAAGUGAUAUUGAUAUACUUUGACUUUGAUAGAUGUCUGAGUCAGACUGACACAUGUAUAGAAACUAACUAAUCUAUAAUAGUGUUUAUCAAGGUUGGACUAUAAAUACACCCUUUGUCUGGUUUAUUUCUGAGCAGAAAAAACUUAAGCAUAACAGUAAAAGUAUCCUUUAUUAUUAUUAUUAUUGUCAAUAAUAUUGUUUGUCCUUGCGAAGAUGACCAAGGCUGUAUCCGACUUGAGUAGACAUUAGUAGUAAGUAGCCUUGGCCUUGAAUCUUGCUCUGUUUUGUUUAAAGUGAGGGUGAGUUGAACAAUUCCUCAACCCCACUCUCUUACUCUUGUACUUACCUGUUUUUAUCAAGCCAUCAAGGGGACUGGGAGAUAGGCUAGUUGAUGUCUCACUUUGCUUUACGUGUCACUUCCAUGUGUACAUUUUGUCAAUGUCAUUGUGUCCAUGGCUCUACAGUCCGUAUAGGGCUUUGGCCUGCCUCACCACAUCCUUCCACUCAGACCUAUCUGAUGCUAUCUUUUCCAGGCUUGGAUUCCCAGCUGCUGUAGAUCUUUUUCCACAAUCCACAUCAUCCAUCCAUCUAAGCCUAGGUCUGCCUUUGAGCCAAUUUCCUCUGGGGCUUUGGUUGUGCACCCUCUUCACUCCUCUGUCAUUUGCAUUCUUUCUAAGUGUCCUGCCCAGGAUAGCCUGCCCUUUUUUAUUUCUGCUACUAGCGCGGGAUUCUGAUAUAGAAUAUACAAUUCCUGGUUGGUUUAUAUUCUCAAUCCUUAUUCAUUAUUUGUUAGUCCAUACAUUUUCAAGAUAACUUUUUUUCCCAUGCCCAUGUGUUUAAUAGGUUUAAUUCCACCUGUAGGUUAACUAAAAUAGACUUUCAAUCUUCUUCUUCUUUAUUUUGAGGGCCCACGAUCAAUGAAUUGAUCAUUCUGGCUCCUAUGUUUCAGAGGGGUUUGCGAUGUUACUGUGCGAUCUAUCUGGUAAUUACGAGAGCAUUUGACACCCUCAUGGAUUUUGACCUAGGUAUCAGGUUACCACAACAUCUUGCGAACUGCUUCUCUUCCCCAGCCCAUUAGACCAGACGACACUAAAAAUACAAAUCUAUAAGUCCAAAAAUUAAAUUCUCUCGAACCCUAUUGGCAUAAGGGAAAAGGGAUUUUGUUCUCUAUAUCUUAAUAUAUUUGCAUGUCUCCAGUUGUUAGAGGAAAUGUAAAUAUUAAGCAAUUAAAGAGUCUUUUCUCAUUUAUCCAUGGGUUGUCCAAACCCCUUCUAUUUGCUUUAUCUCACUGGCAGUUAAAAUUAUAUAAAUAUAAAAAUGUAUACUAAAAAUCGGAGACUAAACGUAAAUAGACACAUUAAUUCCUAAAGGUUUUGGUCUGGGAUUUAAACUUUUAUUCAGGUUUGAAUAAAAGGAUUGUCAAUUUUACCAAAACUCUCUACUGUCAGUCUGCCUAACGACAUGGCUUUGCCUGCAAUGAGGGAUGUGAUCUCCAAUAGGUUUGCGCAAACGAAGUGGCUAUUCGGACCAGGGUCCAAGAAGUUAGAGGUUGGGAUUAAAAUUUUAAAAAAAAUAUAAUUGUUCGGUUGUAAGACAAAAUUUGGUAUCAAAUGAAAGAUAAUUGAAUGGACUAUAUGUUUGUUAACUUAAUUCUUCUGUUUAACUAAAAUAAACUACCAUAAUGACAUUGGAAUAGCAUUGAGUCUAAAAGGACCUGGGUCUGAAUAGUGGCGCUGCGUGUCCAAAUCCCCUCUCGUUUUGCUUUCAAAGUUUAGUUUGAACCACUGAGUUUUAAUCACAUGUUAGUUCCGUCAAUUUGACUCGUAACAAUGAUAUUGUGAUGUUUAGACAUACAGUCAUAAGUUAAUUCUUAGACAGAAUUAGAGCAGGCCUGCACAACUCAAAAUGUCAGGCAGGCCGUAAUACUUUAUGAAAAACUUAUAGGGGCUGAAAGAUAAUAGGACGGGGGGAAAGCUAUUAAGAAAAUAAUAUUAAUAAAUAAUAUAUUUUUACUUCGCGGGCCGCAAAGUGGGUGCUGGCAGGCUGUAUAUUGUUUCAGGCCUGAAUUAGAGACCGAUGUGUACACACGAAUAAUACUGACCACUAUGUCAUUCUGUUUACACAUACUAAAAUAUGCUUUUUGUCUUAAAUAUACACAUCACAUACAACUGUCCUGCCAUGUGCUAAAUUCAUAUAGGAAAUGUGGUGUAUGCACUAGGAUAAUCCUAACAGCUGUAUCAAUAUAGUAGACAUAUUGCAAUGCGCUUAUGUCUUUAAAAAGCACAGGGAUUAUACAUCAAGUAUCGAAUUAGCGAUUAUUAUACUUUAUAACAUUGUAUAACAAUCCUGCUGUAUGUGCAUCUUACAGACUCCAUACAUAGACCACAGUUUAAAAUAAAAUGAGUAAAACAGAGUAGGGUUAAACCUGAAAAAAUAAAUGCAACAAAACAGCGAACGUUUCGGCAGAAAGCCUUCGUCAGCGAACAAAACAACAUAAAAAAACGGUAUAAAAAAAUAAAAAUAAGAAAUAGCACUUAGCUGGUAAGUAGUAUCUGUGGGCAGCAAUAGAAGUGUGGCAGAAGGAAAAUGAGUGAGAGUUUAAAUAAGCAGCGGCGAAAAAAAGGGGGAGAAAAUGUUCACUGUGAUAGGUCAGAACGUGGAGGGGCGGAGCUAGGGUCAAGCUGUGAACAGAGACAUAACAUUAAUCCCAUCUGGCGUCAAAGUGCCGUAAGUCAGGAUAAGUCUGUGUUCCAAAUUGACUGGAAAAAGUCUAUCAUUUCAAGUGCCUUGAAAAAGUCUAUCAUUUCUCUUCCCCACCUCUCAUUGUUUUUCAGACGGGAUAAAAAUCUGAGAGACCUCCUUGUACGCAGUCGUAUCAAUGCUCCCCCCUCCCACUUUGGGACCAAGCCGUGUGGACGCAGUCGUUGCAACACGUGCCCUUUUGUCGUCCGGACUCAACACAUACGUUUCCCCAAGGGCAGUUUUCAGAUACGCGACGGUUUCCUCUGUAGAAGCCGCAACGUUAUCUACGCCAUUGUCUGCACCCGCUGUCAGAUGACAUACAUAGGGGAGACUGGACGCAGUCUCUCAGACAGGUGUACCGAACACCUCCGAAACAUUACACAAGAUAAACAGUGUCCCGUCUCAAAACACUUCAAUAGUAGCGACCAUCAGGGCAAGGCGGACUUUUCAAUAAGUGCGAUUGUGGCUAGCACGAACACCGCUAGCCGGGUUAAUUUGGAACACAGACUUAUCCUGACUUACGGCACUUUGACGCCAGAUGGGAUUAAUGUUAUGUCUCUGUUCACAGCUUGACCCUAGCUCCGCCCCUCCACGUUCUGACCUAACACAGUGAACAUUUUUCUCCCCCUUUUUUUCGCCGCUGCUUAUUUAAACUCUCACUCAUUUUCCUUCUGCCACACUUCUAUUGCUGCCCACAGAUACUACUUACCAGCUAAGUGCUAUUUCUUAUUUUUAUUUUUUUAUACCGUUUUUUUAUGUUGUUUUGUUCGCUGACGAAGGCUUUCUGCCGACACGUUCGCUGUUUUGUUGCGUUUAUUUUUUCAGGUUUAACCCUAUUCUGUUUUACUCAUUUUAUUUUGUACUAACCUGAUUGCAGUCUCUCCCCUUAUGACCACAGUUUAAUAGUAAUUUCUAGACCUGUAUGUUAGUUAUUAGUAUUGUUAUCCCUCACACUAAUUCUGAAUAUUAAAUGGUGUACUGGCCCUGAUUCUGAAUGUAAGAUGAUGUACAUGUUUCAAGUUAAACCCUGCGACCUGAUCUCUGUUAUAAUUAAACAUUAUUAAAAGAAUAAUUUCAAUUACCCUUUGUAUUCAGGUACUAUAUGGUCAUCAUGCAUCUGUAUUGUUAGUUUAUAAGUAUGUUUGUUAUAGCCUGUACGGUAAUUGCAGAGUUAUUCAACCUGUUUAUUGUUCCCUGUGUAAUUCAAUGGUUGUCAAGACAUUUAACAACCUGUAUUUUAAACCUGUUUUAAUUUUAUCUUUGCAGAUAUUGUCCUAUUUCUUUGCUUUUUUUUUUUAUUGGUUUCUAUGUUAAAAUAGAAAGCUAUAGUUCUCAGGUCCUAAAUUUCUUGAGUUUCUAACUAAAUAAAUUGAAAGCUGUGAGCCAGUCACCAUUUGGGAACAGUUUUUGGCACUGUGAGCAGGGUAAAAUUGUGCCACCAACCAAUUACCCAUUUAGCGCAUGGGUACAUAAGAAUAAAGUGUUAUAGCCUGUGUGUUGACCUAAUUUUAUUUCAACGUAGAGCUAAAUUUAAGUGUUCCACCACUUGUCUCCUUUUUUUUUCUUUUGAUAUUGACAUCACCGUUUCAAAUGUGUAGCGCCGUACCACACUCUCUCCUCCCUUGAUAAGGAAAAGGUUGUUUACGUUCUUAUUUGCUCUAAAGAAAGCAAUUGGAUGAUGCAAUUUCUAACACCCUCCCUAUAAAUAAGCCAGUAGUUUUCCCAGGAUAGAGAGAGUUUUGCAAAUUUACUAGACAUUUACCAGACCUAAUACACUUUCAGGAGCCUUACAAUAUUGUAUUCUUUGUGUGUGGGUGUGUGUGUGUACUGAUAUUUUUAUUUUUUAAGGAUUUUAUUUUUUCACUUGCUAUGAUGUAAGUUAAUAUAAUAUAGUUUUAAUUUCUGUAUAUUUGAUUUUGUACUAUUAAGUUGUUUAUUGUUAAUUUUCAGUCCUUUGUUUCAUAUUGUUAAACAAACUAGCCAAAUCUUAAAACAGUUAAAUUUACAAAAAUCAUCUAAUGGGGUUUAACAAAAGGCAAAAGUGGGGAGUGAACACAAAGAAAGAAAGCUCAGUAUUGGACUUCAUAAAAAAUCACUUUAACUUUAACUUUGACUUCCAAAGAAAUGAUUCAGAAAUUAUGUAAUUAAAAAGUUUUAAUAUAAAAAUGCAUAUUUAUUUAACAAAUCUGAAAUCUUUGUGUGUUUUUGCUUCAAUUUAUCAGGCUACAUUUUCUGAAUCAGUGAAAUGUGAUACAAGAGUUUUUUCUGGAAUCCAGCCCACUGGUGAUGUGCACAUAGGAAACUAUGUUGGUGCCAUUACCAAUUGGGUGAAACUUCAAAAGAAAUAUUCAGGAAAUAUAUUACUAAGUAUUGUAGAUCUUCACUCUAUAACUGUGCCUCAACAGCAAAAUACUUUAAGGUGCAUUGAAUUAUAUUUGAGUUAAUUUAUAACCUCUUCAUACACUCUUUAAAAUGAACUUAUCUGCUAAUUGUAUUUAAAACAUUGUUUUUAAACAAUCGGUAUAAUAAAAAACACAAUCAUCAUAAUUAAAAAGCCAAUAUGAUGCUUUACACAGCGCUUAAGCAUCUAAGGCUAUUUAAAAUUUUAUAUGUUUAUAAUUAUAUUUAGUACCAUACCAAUUACCAUUAUAUUUCUAUAUAUAAUAUAUGUUAAUGUAGUGUUAGUCACAAUUUUUGCAUCUUUUUUCUCAACAAGGCAUACUACUAUAAUACUGACAAUUUACAAAAUGAAACAUUUCCAUAUCUUUUGUUUUUAUUUGUAUAAAUUAGCUUUUGAAAGUUAAUCUGGUAUGUAUUUAUGAUCUACAGACAAAAUAUACUUGACAUGACUGCUAAUCUCCUGGGAUGUGGAAUAGAUCCAUCCAAGGCCAUACUUUUUCAGCAGUCUAUGGUAAAAAUUUCUCUUUCUGUCAUUCAAUUUUCCUUGUUGAUUAUGAUUCACAUUUUUAUUGAGUGACAUCCCAGAAAAAGUCCAGCUUCUUAAUAGGUUUAUGUUUUAUUUAGUUCUUUUUGCUUUUCAGGUUCCUUAUCACACAGAACUCGCAUGGAUUCUGUCCUGCUUGUGUACA